AUGCCAACCAAAAUUAUAUUGGACAAAAAAGAUGACGAGGAAGCUCUAACGCCAGUACACGAAAACAUUAAUAGGCGUCGUUCCUUUCGGUCCAAUCGAAACCGAGCGGCUUCACCGGACAAUGUGACAUCCGUGGAUCAAACCAAGCGGAUCGUCAACUUUCGAGCGUCUAUUUUCAGAGAGGAACUAGCUUCACAACCUAUUCAAACUGGACUCUCAUCGACUGAUAUUCGAGCUUCCCCACGCCUCAUUGGCUACCUAUAUCAGCUAUUGGCAUGCAUCGUCUUGUCCAUUACGGCGAUCAAAUUUGAUCAGAAUUCCCAAAACGAAACAUUGUUUAGUUUGGGUUGGGAUUAUAUUUUUGCUACAGAUGCAAGAAUCUAUCAAUCCAUCAAGGGUCCAGUAUAUUAUUGGAAGGUUAUUGGAUCUGCAAUUGUAGGAGCAGUAGGAGGUGGCAUAUCCUUGCUGGUGGUAUUGGCGCAUAUUGAUACGAUAUUCCUACCCAAGACCUGGUACAAGGUCUUUCGAGAUGGUAGCAUGUUCGAAUGCUAUCUACUGCGAUUUUUGCUCAUAUUUUACACGGCUGCCCUUCAUGUUUCCACCAGUAGUUUGAGCGUUGGCCAAAUUGAACCGAAUGUAUUCUUUACAUCAUGGAUUGCCUUUGCCGCUUCAGUAAUGAACUUGGGAGUCUGGCGAGGAUCCGCUGGAUUUGACUCGAUUGCAGAGAAGAUCAGCGUGCAUGAACGUGCCACUACUUUCAAUUGGGUUUGGAGUUUCUUCUUUGUGCUGACAUUUGCGGCAAGCGCAACCGAUAUUUUCUUCAAUCGAUCGGAAGUCACCAUCAGUCACAAAGGAGUAGUCCUCAGUCUUUCGGACAAGGAAUGGUACAAUGUGCUUGGCUUUUGUUGGUUCUUUGUUUUUGUCUGCAUUGUUGCACUUUUAUUCAACCAGUUCCUUCACACAUCUUGUGAACUACGAGUGUUUGGUGGAUCUCGGGUCAUUCUUGGCUGGCGGCAAUCAGAAGGGAUCAUCAUUUUCUUCAUGGUCGGUGUUUUCUUUUGGAUUGUCUACGACUAUACCGGUGUCGACGCUGUCUUAAACGGAUUGCCAAACGCCUACUUUUCGGUCUGGGGCUGUUUCUUCAAUUCUAUUUUCUUGCUUGGAACCUGGCUGAGAGAAAACAAGAACAUUGAAUAUAUUGUUGCCCGCGACCCUUCUCGAAGCAAUCAUAUAUACGAUGCAUGA